GAAGAUUUCAGCAGAUGUGUUCAAGUUUUAAUUUGUGAAAUAUUACGCCGCUGUUCCAACGUCCUUAAACGCACCUGUCUUUGUAAACUGUCGUGUUAUCGACGAUAUCCGGCCGUUUUUUCGUCGUGACUGUACGCGGGGAUUACAGCGCACAAAUUGACGCGUACAUUUUCUCUCUGAAUGCCCCAAAAAUCAUGAGCUGAUAUCAGAAGCAAAGAGGCACACCUGACCAGCUGUCGUAUCCAGACCGGAGAAACGAGUCGGGGCCAUCGGCUGCCCGGACUGCAGCAUCUCCCUUCCCUUCGCCUCGCAUUAUGACAGAUGUAUGAGCAGCGCUCUGCAGCUGUAACAGGCUGUGCUAGCAGCUCCUUCUUGCUCAUGUUGUAUAAAAUAUUUGUUAUUGGCUCUGAAAUGUGACAAUGAUUUCCAGAGUGAGGAUUGUGACGCCCCACGUGAAAACCUUGCUAACAUUAAGUGUCUCUGAGGUGAAAUGCGUUGGCAGAAGUUAACAGCAGAGUUGGCCUAUUAAAGGGUCAAUACUACUAAGGGCCAUAGAGAGUGAACUCUAUGGCAAAUCUCAACGCUGCUCUGUAAAAAUGUUUUACAUUUGUUGAGAUAAAAUGGUAUUGAUAAUUCAUAUCUUCACUACAAAGUUGCUAAAUAGAUAUUGCAUGUGGAAGUGAACGAAAAACACAGAUCUGGCAUAACAUUGAGCCCACUGAUAAUAACAGGCAGCAAGUGAAGCUUUUAUCUCCAGCUUUGAUUUACUAGAAGUAGGGAAAUAAUCUGGAAGGCAAACCGGUAUGCAGAUGUUGCUAUGACUCCUACCAUAACUAAGCAUAGUUUAAGAUCAUUGACAGUUUGAUGGCUUUGGCCUUUUUCAGCAGUGUAAUGCCUUGCUGUAAGGGAAAACAUGACUUGAGGAUCACAACGAUGAGUUUGAGAUGUUCACUUGACCUCCAGGUUCCCCAGAUCUCAAGCCAAUCUGACAUCUGUGGGCUUUUGCUGGACAAUCAAUUCCGUUCCCUGGAAACCUCAUUUACUAGUUUGACCACACUUAAGUCAGGACGAUUUCCCAAUAGCUCAUUCCUGUUUUGGGUCCUAUUGCACACAUUACGCUUGAUUGCUUAAAGGAAUAAAACAUCCUAACCAUUUCUCUGCGCCUUCUGUCCCACCUAAGGGUACAUUGCUGAUCUAGAGGAAUUUUCUCAUGGUAGUGGUCAGGGACACAGCUAAAAUGAAUAAAAAUAAAAAGCAGCAACAUCUAUUUCUCAUCAUUUUCUAUCUUCAAUCUCUGUAUCAACAAGCUCUCUGACAGUGGCUGUAGUUGAUUAAAUGACGUUGGAAAUCUAAAGGUUAUUACUGCAGCUCUCACCGUUUUAAAUAUACAGUAAUCAUCUUAAUGCUUGAGUUCAAGAUUGGUCAUGACAAUCGGACUAAUUCAGAUUUUAGACACUAUAAAUAAAUAAAUAAUGGCUCUCUUUUUUUUCCCCCCUGGCUUUGUUUGUUUUUUAUUUAACAGUUUUCAGAGAUUAUGGAUUAUUGUGAAAAUACGUAUUGCAAAACAAACAAAAACAAUCUAGAAUGCCAUAAAGAUGUUCCGUUUAAUUAAAUAUUUGAAUUAAAUCUGUUUUAUUUUAUUCACACAGGCAAGUGCGUUUUAUAAAGCUAAAAUAUAAAAGGGAAUUUUUAAUCACAGUGACAUAAAAUAAUAAUACAUCUAAGAUUUCUUUAAGUUAAGACAACAGGAUGUUUUUUAUAGUGUAUCGAUUGUGUGUUCCAUACAAACUCACAGACGACGUUAUGUGCCCUUUAUCGUGCAAUUUGAUCGUUCUACUUGCGUUCCUUUAGUUGCCAGCAAACAGCUGAAUGGGUAGUUAACCUGCUUCACAUGAAAGCUGAUCCACCUAACAGCAGAGAUCCAGAGAGCAGUAGUGUAAAAGUAGCUGUUUACAGUAGCAGAGCCGGGUCAGCCGCCUGUCAGCGUGUGAAGUGGAAUUUUACAGACUUUCCCCUUAGAUGUUGCUGAGGCGCUAACAUUUCAGCCGUGGUUCUGGCCGUCCGAAGUCACGGGGGGGAAAGAAAGUGAUGCGAGGAAGCUAAGUACACUGUAGCGGCCUGAUCCUGCUAAUCAAACGGACGUGAAUGGUUUGAUCGUCAGAAAGUGUGACCACCUCUAUGGACGCAGGAGUUUUGCUCGUUUGUUGGUCUGGAUCACGUGUGAGUCAGCCCGAAGCCAAGUAGGGAAGACAUCAGCAAUGACCUUUGGGAAGCAAUCGUCGUUGCCCAUCAAUCCAGGAAGAGUCAGCGGUUCUUUUUCCAAAGUUCAUGGUAGCGGCAUUAGAAGGAGAUUGAACAUGCUUGAAAAGGUUGUAAAGAGAAGGGUUCUUCCUUUAGACAUCCACCCGCUAAACCCGCUUGGCCCACACCCGCUUAGGGUCAUCGGGGGGCUGGUGCCCAUCUGAAGCAGCCAUUGGAGUGACAGGCGGGAAACGUUGUCAGUCCGUCACAGGUUACGUUAUGUGUCCUUUAACAUGACAGGGCCCCUUUAGACAUUAGACCAAAUUACAGAUAUUCAAUCACAGCAACUGAUCCUUCCACAAGACAAUGAGGCAAUUGUCUAAAAAGUAUAUCAAGUCAUCGCUUCUAAAGCCAAAUCCUGGUGUGUACUAAGACUGAAAUGUUGUUCUGUUGCAGCUGAGGUCCGAGGCAUCAUGGGAAACAUCUUUGGGAACCUGCUGAAGAGCCUGAUAGGCAAAAAAGAAAUGAGGAUCCUCAUGGUGGGCUUGGACGCCGCCGGGAAGACCACCAUCCUCUACAAGCUGAAGCUGGGGGAGAUCGUCACCACCAUCCCCACAAUCGGCUUCAACGUGGAGACGGUGGAAUACAAGAACAUCAGCUUCACCGUGUGGGACGUGGGUGGCCAGGACAAGAUCCGUCCGCUUUGGAGACAUUACUUCCAGAACACUCAAGGUCUGAUUUUCGUGGUGGACAGCAAUGACCGCGAGAGGGUCAACGAAGCCCGCGAGGAGCUGAUGAGGAUGCUAGCCGAGGACGAGCUGCGGGACGCCGUCCUUCUCGUCUUCGCCAACAAACAGGACCUGCCCAACGCCAUGAACGCCGCAGAGAUCACCGACAAGCUGGGCCUGCACUCCUUACGCCACCGCAACUGGUACAUCCAGGCCACCUGCGCCACCAGCGGGGACGGCCUCUACGAGGGCCUGGACUGGCUGGCCAACCAGCUGAAGAACAAGAAGUGAGGAGCUGGUCGGGGAAGAGUCUGGGUGGAAGGUUGCAGUAAGUCUGUUGUGUUCACUAAAUAGAGAGAAAUCACUCAAAAAGCUCCCAGGAGAUAGACUCUCCCCGCUGAUAUUUCUAUCUUUCCGUUUCUGUACUUUUGAUUCAUUCGACUCGUUUGGAUCUGUGGUGAGAUUUUUAUUUGAUUUAUUUUAUUUUUUUUUUUAUUUAAUGAUUUACAAACAAAUUGUGUCAAAGCUGAUCAAAACUGAUCCAUGCUUUUCAGACUGAACGCGUCAAAUAUUGGGACUUAAUUGUGUGACAUUACAAUGAAGGCGAAUGACUCCACUUCUUUACAGUCUGUGAUUUACAUCCAAUUUUUGCCAUUUUCAGAACAUGACGGCAGAACCGCCUCACGUUAGAAUCCACGAACUUGGUGUAAAUUGCAAAGAAUGUCGUAAAUGUGCAGAGGGAUUGUAUGCUAGGACAUCAACUCACAAUUUUACAUGCGGUACGCUUCUACAGGCUCAGACAAUAUAAGCUUUCACUGGUGUGGAAUUGUGCUCCCCAGGUUUGAUUGACGUGACAGAGCGAAUUAGGUUCAAGAUUGUAUUUAUUUUACACAUAUUUAUUUCUCUAUUUAUUUCAAGAAACAAGAACUCCGCCGGUGCCGAUAUGAAUGAUCGCCUUCGUUUGUUUAUUUAUCGGUUGAUGUUGAGCUCUAAGUGCAUUGAAUGAUUUCUUCUUUUUUAAUGCGAUGUGCAAUGUGCCGGCAGCUGUGUGAAAAAGCAAAAACAAAAGAAAGCCUCUACAGCUUAACUGUGCAUUAUUGCUGCUUCCCAACCUGCAUGGAAAUAUCCCUCAUUUGGAUCUUGUGGCUCCUGCUGUAAAUACCAUAAAACAAAUGUUCUCGAUGGCUCAGAGAGGGUUAAAGACAACUCAUCCGGCCUCAGCGAGAUGUGAUAUCCAAGUUAAUGCAGACGACAGAACAGACAGCCACUCUCUACCAGCUUAGCGAGGAGAGAAAAAAGGAAAAAACAGCCUCGCCUGCAGAGAGUGAUUCAGCACCGCAUGUGAUUGGCAGUUUUUAGCGCUUACUCGGUUCUGAAUGUUUAUUUAUUAGAAAAUCCAAUUUCU